GAAUUUUCCUGGCAUAGGAUAAACGCAUCCCAAGUGUGAAAACCAGGAGCUUCAAAAUCUAAUCCAAGAAAAUGCUUAGAGCAAAUCGGUUCACAAAUGUCGCCCGUUCAACCAGAGCUUCAUUGUUCUCAUGUGAAGUCCAAGAAGCUCGAGCUGAACACCGUAUCAUCAUCGACCUGAGGAGCCGGCCUCAGCUGGCUUCCGUUCGCUUCCUUGACUUCUAUCAGCUUGGUAACAAAGCAGCUAUUGAGAAAGAGCGUGCCAGGAUUACAGAUGAGAUGAAUAGAGGGUACUUUGCUGAUAUGUCAGAGUUCAAGAAGCAUGGUGGAAAGAUUGCUCGGGCAAAUAAGAUAAUAAUUCCUGCAGAGACGGCAGCUAAGUUUCCAGACUUCGAUGUGAACUUCUCUGAUGGUAGAGCCUUAAAGCUCCCUACUAGAUUCGGUGGGAGUAUCACCAAAUCUGAUGCUUCUGAUUUUCCGAAUGCGACUCUGCUUUGUCUUUCGUUUAGAGCAAGCUCUCAGGGAAUGAUCGACUCUUGGACUGUUCCUUUCCUUGAUGCAUAUCGUGAUGGCAAAAAUAUUCAGCUCUAUCAGGUGUCAUUCAUAGACUCAUGGCUCCUAUGUCGGAGUCCAAUCAAGCGUCUGCUGCUCCGUACUAUGAAGAAAUCCACCAUUGAUGAGAGUCGAGCACUUCAAAAGCAAAUUGCUUAUUCCUUUGGCGACAAUUACUACUUCAGAAAAGAACUCAAGAUACUGAACCUUCUCACAGGGUACAUUUACUUGCUGGACAAAUUUGGUAGAAUUAGAUGGCAGGGAUCCGGCUCGGCCACCGAAGAAGAGCUCUCCUCCCUCCUCUCAUGCACAUCGUUACUCUUACAAGAUUGAAGCUUCCUUCCUCUUCACACAUUCAUCCUCGGCAUAGACAAAAUUUCGAAUAACUGAGAUGAGAGCCUCUGCUCGCUUUAGAAGACCAGGUAAUAAGCUUUCAGAAACCAAACCAACAAUGAUCACGAUACGAUACAUGUCCAUAAACCGACUAUGGUCGAAUAUGGGUUUCGGUUUCGAAACCGAACCAUCUUUCAAGCUCAUUAUUCGCUGUCCGACCUUUCGUUCUCCUCCCUCCUUCAAGGCCUUUACAGUCCUAUGCAUCACAUGCAUGACCUUGUCCUGUUUCUCACAAAUGGUUCCAAGCCUCUGAUAUCCCAGUCUUUGGAGUCUAACUUAUGGCCACAUAUAUGUACUACAAGUUCUAUAAGGACAAAGGCAGGCUCCUACACUACAGCAAGAAUGGCUAUGAUUCCAGAACUACCCAUAAAUUAGAAUGUGCCAAAAUGUGUUGUAUUCAAUGAAAGAAGAUACAAGAAAGAUAAAGCCAACUCAUCAAUCAAUGAAAGAAAGGAAAAGGAUGAAGCUUUUAUAGAAAAAUGGUUUGUGACGUAAAUGUCAAGAUUUGUGAGGAGGAGGUUGGUGACCUAGUUUCCUGAUUUUGGUAGAGAAAGAGGGCGAGAUUGGGUUCCUUAACAACAAAGCAAGGCCAUGUGUUAAUGUGUCCCUUCUGGUUUAGGGUUCCUGCUGAUUCUCAUGGCUGAUACCCACAGUUCACAGCGACAGCGGGGAUGGACUGAUAAUUUUCUUGGAUGUAAUGACACGUUUCAAGUAAUUUAAUCUUCUGGCU